AAGAACCAACAGGAGAGAGUAGUGGGCCUGAGGAUGGGAAACCUUCGGGAUCAUUCCCCGUGGGAACCAGGACUAACGAUGAGAAUGCACUGACCUCUGCAGGGCGCCGCGUUACAGGGGGAGUGGAGAAAUGGGACCACACGCCACCCAGUGAUCAAAGGAGUUCAACGACCGGCCCCCGGGGACCAGAGGAAGCUGUGAUCAAGGGGCCUGGGACCCCCUGGGCUUCUCGGGAAUGAGGGCCCUCGGCGUUCUCACGGUCUUCGCCUCCUGCUUGGUAGCCCUCACCCACAGCAGCUUCUGGCAGUUUCAGAGGAUGGUCAAGCACAUCACGGGGCGGAGUGCCUUCUUCUCCUAUUACGGAUACGGCUGUUACUGCGGGCUCGGGGGCAAAGGGACCCCCGUGGACGACACUGACAGGUGCUGCCUGGCGCAUGACUGCUGCUACGAGAAGCUGAAGCAGAUCGGCUGCCAGCCCCUGCUGAACAGCUACCACUUCCACAUCGUCAACAGCACCGUGGUCUGCGAAUGCGCCCUGGGUCCCAGCGUCGGCUGCCUGUGUGGGCUGGGGGCCUGCGAGUGUGAUAAGCAAUCCGCGUACUGCUUCAAAGAGAGCCUGCCCACCUACGAGAAGAACUUCAAGCAGUUCUUCCUGAGCCGGCCCCGGUGCGGCAGGAGUAAACUCCAGUGCUAGGGAGGCCA